GUCACUGACGAGCUGCCUUCAGUCAUUGGCGGUCUGUGGUCAUUCGUCUCUUCUCGCCUCUUGGAACGAUGAAGAUUAUCUUAAUAGCUGUGGUCUUUGUGGGCGUGGCCUUCUCUGAUGACGGGUCCUACAUCCUGGAUUCCAGGGGGGUCGAGGUGGAGCAGGGUCUGACCCCCUCCAGACAACUCUACGAAAACCACGACGUCUUCUCAGAGGACUUCAAGCAGCGAUCCCAAGAGCAGGCCAGGCAGUACACCCUCGAUCAGACUGCCUACAAUGAUCCUAACCCCCGCUACACAUGGGCCUACGCUGUCGACGCCGAGUCGACGGGUGACCUGAAGUCCGCCAGGGAGGAGCGUCGAGGUGACGUUGUCGUCGGCCAGUACUCGGUCAUGGACCCAGAUGGCGUUCGUCGCACCGUCGACUACCAGGUCGCUCCUGGAACUGGAUUCCAGGCCACCGUCAGGAAGGAGGAGACAAACGCCAUCCAGAAUCAGCGCGAGCAGUACAGCCAGUACCAGAGCCAACAGAGCAGCAGAAACCAACAGCAGCAGCAGCAAUACCAGAGACUGAACAGAAAUCAGCAGAAUUAUCAGCAGUCCAGCUCGAACCAGAGACAACAGAAUAUCGACAUCCAAAAUGGCCGCAGAGACGACCAGUACGUCCAGUUCCAGAGCCAGAGGAAUCAGUAUCAGUCGAAUGACCGUCGUGAUUUCCAGACUCAAAGAAACAACAGGAAUGAACUCCAGACCCAAUUCCAGAACCAGAGAGAGGACAGGAAUGAGUUCCAGAACCAAUUCCAGAACCAGAGACAGAAUAAGAAUGAAUUCCAAAACCAGUUCCAGAACCAAAGGGAAAACAGGAAUCAAUUCCAGAACCAGAUCCAGAGCCAAAGGGAAAACAGGAAUGAACUCCAAACACAGUUCCAGAACCAGAGGGGAAACAGGAAUGAGUUCCAGAACCAGUUCCAGAUCCAGAGGGAAAACAGGAACCAAUUCCAGAACCAGAAGGAAAACAGAAACGAAUUCCAGACCCAAUUCCAGAACCAGAGGGAAAACAGAAAUCAAUUCCAGAACCAAUUCCAGAACCAGAGGGAAAACAGAAACGAAUUCCAGACCCAGUUUCAGAACCAGAGGGAAAACAGGAACCAAUUCCAGAACCUUCAGCAGCAACGCCAGCAGAACUAUCAGAACGAAAACCGAGUCCAGACUGAGCAGACGAGACUGAGUCAGUUCCAGGAUCAGCAGAACUACAGACAAGAGUCACGGACUGAGAACAGAGACAACUUCCAGCUCAGUCGGGUUCCAGGAUCUGGAGUCAUCCUCAAGAGCUCCGACCUCAACCAGCAGCGCUACGGAGAGAACAGAAACCACCUCUUCAACAAUGAACAGCUGAACAGCGAAAGGAACAAUCUGUAUUCCAGGAACUUCGACAGCAAUGAACAGAAUGUGAACCGUUACGGAAAUAUCAAUAAUUAUCAGUACGAACAGAGGCAAGACGGAAGUCGUUAUGGUCUCAACCGUCAAAACCAGAUUCAGGAUAACAUGAAUGACCGUCACCAGUUCGACAGGGACCAGAGGACCGGUGGACAUCAGUAUAACCAGGAGAACUCAAUCAAUCAGAGGCAACAGCAACAGUCCACAAGAUACAGUGAAAACACCAAUAACCAAAACAGACUGAACCAAUACAACCAAAAUAGCCAAAGCCAAAACGAAAACCAACGCUACGGAUCAGCCGAGUUCAGGAACCAAGUCCAGAGGUCACAGAGUUUCUCGAACGAUGAGAACCAAUACCAGAGGGUUUACCCCACCCGGGAGAAUCAGCACCAACAGAGGUUGCAGUCUCAGUACAGCCAAAACAUUCAGUAUCAGAGAUCAAGCAACACCCAGAGACAGAAGAGUUCCCAGUUCUCUCAGAACUACCAACAGCGUUCCAGCCAGCAACAAAACCUUCGUCAGGGCCAGCAGUACUCUUCAGUAGUGUCCCAGAACCAGAACCAAUAUGAAAGGACUUACUCUCCCGUCAGCGUCGUACUGGCUGGGAGAUCUUAAGUUGGCAACUCUUACGAACUUUGGCACUACAAGAAAAGAGAACUUAUUGGACUGGGCUGUAAAAUUGCCGAACUUUAGUUUACAGAAUAGUUAGAAAUAUUCCAUUUGGUUUAUGAAUGGUCUGACCACCUUGCACAAAAAAAGUUAUAGAAAUAUGACCUGAUUUGUGAAUGCUUGGUUGAGUGUGACCUGAU